CAGCCCACCUACGUUGCUCACUGAUUGUAAUACUUUCUUUGAGGUUGUAGCUGUUCUUCAUAUUUCUUUAUCUAAUUCUUAUUUCUACUCCUAUUCUUAUCAUUUUUAUUAUUAGUCGAUUAGAGUCAACCUUUGAAUCUUGCAUCUAUGAACAGUGGAGAUAUUCUUACAAGCUUUAAAAGGUGCAUUAUUUAGGAUUAACACACAGUAUAAUAAUCAAACAACAAAACAGCUCAGCACAGGCUCUCUGGAUGCUCGGAGCUGUACGUGGUUGUCUGGCGUGAAGACAGUUUGCAGGAGUUGACUGGAAAUUCUCGCACAGCGUCAAUCUACCUUGCUUACCACCGUGAGCGUGCAGCCCUCAUUUUCUCGCUUUCAGCUGAUUGGUUAAGGAGUCUACCGGCUUACGUUCUGAUUGGUCGGCUCCGGCUCGUCAGGCGGUGCGUCAGCCCAGUUGCACUACCAUCAUGUUUCCCCCUCCUAGUGGAAAUAACAGUGCUUCAGGAUGCUGGAGCAAAGCAGCAGCGUUUCAUCAGGACCACAAGUCUGAGUGGGAUGGAGACACUGAGUAAGAUGUAAAUGGAGAAGCAGAAGUGUCACCAAGAGAAAUUGGACGUCCAUACGAUUUUAAAGUGCCCUGCAUUAAAACGCAAACAGCAUCACUUCUCCCUGAAGUAAUCCAUUACUGACAAUUAAUGUCAAACUGCACGCUGGAGCAGCUUCAUGCUGCCUCGCUGCAUGAAACAUUGCUAAUGGAAAGUAAGCCUUAUAAGAUCCAGCUCAUCAAAAUACACCUAAAUGCAGCAUAAUGCCUUCAAAAGUGUCAUGUUUAUACCUGUUGACGGUUGUCUGCUGGGCGAGUGCUCUGUGGUACUUGAGCAUAUCUCGCCCGACGACCACUUACGUCGGCCACAUGUCCAUACCUAUACGUAAGACUGUGAAACCCCACAAGAACAUCACCUUCACCAACAUCCGCACCCGCCCCCUUAACCCACAUGCCUUUGAAUUUGUCAUCAAUGAGCCGAAGAAGUGCGAAAGUGUAACCCCCUUUCUGGUCAUCCUCAUUAGCACCACACACAAGGAGUUUGACGCUCGGCAGGCCAUCCGGGAAACCUGGGGGGAUGAGAGCACUUUCACCGACGUCCGCAUCCUGACCAUCUUUCUGCUGGGCAGGAACACGGACGCCGUCCUGAACCAGAUGGUGGAGCAGGAGAGCCAGAUCUUUCAUGACAUUGUGGUCGAGAACUUUAUUGAUUCCUACCACAACCUCACCCUCAAGACCAUGAUGGGCAUGCGUUGGGUGGCCACCUUCUGCCCCAAAGCACAGUAUGUCAUGAAGACUGACAGCGACAUCUUUGUUAACAUGGACAAUCUGAUCUACAAGCUCCUGAAGCCCACCACCAAGCCCAGGAGGAGAUAUUUUACUGGCUAUGUGAUAAACGGUGGUCCCAUAAGGGACAUGCGUAGUAAGUGGUACAUGUCCAGGGACUUGUAUCCUGAGAGUAAAUACCCACCUUUCUGCUCGGGCACCGGCUACGUGUUCUCAGCAGAUGUAGCUGAGCUAAUCUACAAGACUUCAUUACACACAAGACUGUUGCACCUGGAGGAUGUGUACGUGGGACUGUGUUUGCGUAAACUGGGUAUACACCCGUAUCAGAACAGUGGUUUUAAUCACUGGAAAAUGGCUUACAGUCUCUGCAGGUACAGGCGGGUUAUCACUGUGCACCAGAUCUCCCCGGAGGAGAUGCACCGCAUUUGGAAUGACAUGUCCAGCAAGAAGCACCUGAGAUGUUAGGGGACAUGAGGACCAUUGUAAAACAACUUAAAUGUUGUUUGUUUGUUUUUGUUUUUUUGUUUUUUUUUGGGGGGGGGGGGGGUUGCCUUUUUCCUCCUUUUCAAAUUUCAUCACACAGUAAUGUAAAAACAUUGAGGGCUGCUGUAAGUCUCUAUUUCAUGACAGAUAUUUUCAUUAACAUCCAUCUAUGUCUGUUUCUGUUGAUUACACCUCACGGUUGUUAAUGGAUGCAUGAGGCUUGUAAAGCACGUAUUCUCAUGCAUAGUUAAAAUGUGGUGUUGCUAAGACUAUUUUUUUUUUUUAUAAGCGUCAAGUCAGUAAGCGUGAAGUAUAAAGUACUGUGGCCUAAUGGGUAGAGACUGAAACCUUUUAACUUUGUCUUUCAACCAGGCGUCCCUGGUUCAAGCCCCAACACUGACAACUUUCCGCUCUGUUAAAGUGUCCUUGAGCAAGACACUGAAUCUCUGCCAGCUGCACGGCUGCUGACUUUGCACCCAGCGCUUCCUGCAGGAGUGCAAUUCAGAAGAGGAAUUCAGUGCAGGAAUCAAUAAGGUAUUAAAUUACCUAAUUACAUCUAUGAUAUUAUGCAUUUUAAAAGUGUUCUUUGCAGUUGAGAGAACAAUGAGAAUACAAAUGGUAAUCUUAUCUGGGUCAUCUUUUGAGAUAAAACUAACCUACACUCAUGCUGCUGUCCCCUUUGUUAGUCUUUAUCAUGAACACGGUCAGACACAAAGCUGAAAAUGAGCUGCAGUGUAUUAUCAGACUCCAAACAGACCAAGUUUGAUAUUUUUCAGUAGAUAUUUUUCAUUGGUAGUAAUGGCACCUUGUAGCUGAAUCGCUGGAUGCCCUUUUGCUGACUGGAAUUUGUGGAAUUUGCCUGACUUUAUUGUCAUCAUUUCACUGCCUCUUCUCUCUGCAAGUCAGAUCUAUAUUUUGUUGUUUUCUUUAGCGCCAUAACCUUUUUUCCCCUCUUUGACAUUUUUAUAUAAUUGUGUAUUUCAGCUACCACCACCUCAUUACUCCAGCUGCUGCUCUUGGUUAUGUAUGCUGUACAUCAAUAUCAUGCUGUGCUCGUAUGAGUUAAACUGUAGCUACAGACUGGAUGUAUAAUCAUAUGUAUCUGGCAUAUCAAUGAUUACUGACAUCAGGUUUUUGUUUUCUUUUUUCUCAGAAAACGUGGCUUUCAUUGCCAAAUUUUCAUUUCCUUUUUCCAAAAGUUUUGUAGUAUUACAAGCUAAUGUGACAUUUACUGUGAAAGCAUCUAUCCCAUAAGGGGUUGUUGUCAUAUAUUGUAUGUUUUUUAUAUUAAAAAACAAAUACUUGAAUUAUUAAAGUAAUAUUACUGCUUUUACUCGUUGCUUGUUUCAAGUUCCCUG